UCGACUUUAUCUCUUCAGCGGUUGGUGCCUGUGGUGUACGGGAAUAUGGAAACGCCUAUGGAUGUGUCAAUAAUUCGGUUUUGAGAGGUGUAUUGCACUAAACACAUGCAGUCAUCUACAAUGGCUACAGAAAAGGUUACUCUUGCCGAUGCUUUGUCAAAUGUUGAUGUUUUGGAUGAACUUACAUUACCAGAUGAACAACCAUGCAUAGAAGCUCAGCCUUGUUCUGUCGUGUAUCAAGCAAAUUUUGACACAAACUUUGAAGACAGGAAUGGCUUUGUGACAGGAAUUGCAAAAUACAUUGAAGAAGCCACUGUACAUGCAAGCUUGAAUGAGCUUCUUGAGGAAGGCUUAGGUCAUGCUGUGAUGCUGUACACAUGGCGCUGCUGUUCACGUGCCAUUCCUCAGCCAAAGUCAAACGAGCAGCCAAAUCGUGUCGAGAUAUAUGAGAAGACGGUAGAGGUACUUGCACCAGAGGUAAACAAACUUCUGAACUUCAUGUACUUUCAGAGAAAGGCUAUUGAGAGGUUCUCUGCAGAAGUAAAGAGAUUAUGUCAUCAAGAGAAAAGAAAAGACUUUGUUUCAGAAGCAUAUCUCUUGACACUUGGCAAGUUUAUAAAUAUGUUUGCUGUUUUGGAUGAGCUUAAAAAUAUGAAAUCCAGUGUCAAGAAUGAUUACUCAACAUAUAGGCGGGCUGCACAAUUCCUGAAGGUUAUGGCAGAUUCACAAACUCUUCAGGAGUCCCAAAACCUCUCCAUGUUCUUAGCAACACAGAAUAAGAUCCGAGAUACUGUGAAAGAAAAUUUAGAAAAAAUUCUUGGCUAUGAAGAGCUGUUGGCUGAUGUGGUCAACAUUUGUGUUCAUAUGUUUGAAACAAAAAUGUAUUUGACCCCUACUGAGAAACACAUGUUGGUCAAAGUGAUGGGGUUUGGCCUGUUUCUCAUGGACAGUGAACUGUGUAAUAUAAACAAACUUGACCAGAAGAAGAAGCUGAAACUAGAGAAGAUAGACCGCAUUUUCAAGAAUCUGGAGGUGGUUCCUUUAUUUGGUGAUAUGCAGAUUGCUCCAUUCAAUUACAUUAAGCGCAGUAAACAUUUUGAUCCAUCAAAAUGGCCUCUGUCCAGUUCCAAUAACAUCAGUCCUCAAGCAGAUCUUAUGGUGCAUUUACCGCAGAUAAGAGAAGAUCAUGUCAAGUACAUCAGUGAAUUGGCACGUUACAGUAAUGAGGUUACUACCACAUACAAGGAGACUCGAAGCGAUGCAGAGAAUAAAGAAACAGCAGAUUUAGCUCUUCGUGGCCUUCAGUUGCUUUCUGAAUGGACAAGUGUUGUUACAGAACUGUACUCAUGGAAGCUCCUUCACCCUACUGAUCACCAUCAAAACAAGGAAUGUCCUCAGGAGGCUGAGGAAUAUGAGAGGGCCACAAGGUACAAUUAUACAGAUGAAGAAAAGUUUGCCCUGAUCGAAGUAAUAGCCAUGAUUAAAGGCUUACAGGUUCUCAUGGCACGAAUGGAAACUGUGUUUACCGAUGCUAUCCGUCGCAAUAUCUAUGCUGAACUGCAGGAUUUUAUACAGCUGUUGCUGCGUGAACCUCUCCGCAAAGCCAUAAAGAACAAAAAGGAUCUUAUUAGAAGUAUUAUUGUGUCUGUACGUGAGACUUGUGCGGAUUGGCAGCGAGGUGUUGAACCACAGGCAGAUCCAGCAUUAAAGGGCAAGAAAGACCCUGAUAAUGGGUUUGGCAUCAAAGUACCUCGCAGAAAUGUUGGGCCCUCUUCCACACAGCUAUACAUGGUGAGAACCAUGUUGGAAUCAUUGAUUGCGGACAAAUCUGGUGGCAAACGGACUUUACGCAAGGAUAUUGAUGGUCAAUACUUAGUGCAAAUUGAUCAAUUCCACAAGACUUCAUUCUACUGGAAUUACAUGCUGGCCUUCAGCGCCUCAUUGCAAGAUUGCUGUGAUCUGUCCCAGCUUUGGUAUAGAGAGUUCUAUCUUGAGAUGACCAUGGGCCGCAGAAUACAGAAGUGCACUGUGAGGCAUCAACAUAAUGAAGAAUGCAGUGACCUCAUCACCAUGGAGAAACGUAUCCAGUUCCCAAUUGAGAUGUCAAUGCCUUGGAUUCUUACUGAUCAUAUCCUGAGGACAAAAGAGCCAUCCAUGAUGGAGUAUGUGCUGUAUCCCUUGGAUCUCUACAAUGACAGUGCAGUAUAUGCCCUCACUGUGUUCCGCAAGCAGUUCCUGUAUGAUGAAGUGGAAGCAGAGGUUAAUCUUUGCUUUGAUCAGUUUGUCUACAAGCUUAGUGAGCAGAUCUUUGCCCAUUACAAACAACUAGCAGCAAGUAUCUUGCUGGAUAAACGCUUCCGGGUGGAGUGCGUUGCAUUGGGAACAUACCUGCUGCCUUACCCACGAGCAAAUCGAUAUGAAACACUUCUAAAACAAAGACAUGUUCAGCUACUGGGCCGAUCUAUUGACCUCAAUAAGCUCAUCACACAGCGCAUCAAUGCUGAUAUGCAGAAAUCGUUGGACCUAGCAGUUAGCAAGUUCGAAGCAGGUGACAUCACUGGGAUUGUGGAAUUGGAUGGAUUGCUACAGGUGAACCGAUUGUGUCAUAAGCUGCUGUCGAAGCAUCUUGCUUUGGAUGACUAUGAUGCCAUGUUCAGAGAAGCUAACCACAAUGUGCUGGCUCCUUAUGGUCGCAUUACCCUUCAUGUCUUCUGGGAACUCAACUAUGACUUCCUCCCAAACUACUGCUACAAUGCAGCAACCAACAGGUUUGUAAAGUGCCGUGGUAUCACAUUCACUCAACCAGUGCAUCGAGACAAGCCCCCACAGAUGGGUCAUCACUAUCUUUGGGGUAGCAAACAACUGAACUUGGCCUAUAGCACUAUAUAUGGGCAGUAUACAGGUUUUGUGGGUGCCACCCAUUUCCGGACUAUGUGCCGGUUAUUGGGGUACCAAGGCAUCGCAGUUGUCAUGGAAGAACUGCUCAAAAUUGUCAAGAGUUUGGUGCAAGGAAACUUGCUACAGUUCACAAAGACAUUGAUGGAAGCCAUGCCUAAAAUUUGCAAGCUGCCUAGAUAUGACUAUGGUUCUCCUGGUGUGCUUGGCUAUUAUCAUGCUCAGCUGAACGAUAUUGUCCAGUAUCCAGAUGCACGAACUGAGUUGUUCCAUAGCUUCCGUGAAUUUGGAAACACAAUAUUGUUUUGCCUGUUGAUGGAGCAAGCAUUAUCACAGGAGGAAGUAUGUGACCUGUUACACGCAGCCCCAUUUCAAAACAUUUUACCAAGACCGUACUGCAAAGAUGGUGAGAAACCUGAGACAAAGCAGAAGCGACUGGAAGCGAAGUAUGCAGCUCUUCAAAUUGUUCCCAACAUUGAAAAUCUCGGCACCCCCAAACAAGCUAUGAUUGCUCGUGAAGGUGACCUGUUGACAAGAGAGCGUCUUUGCUGUGGACUGUCCAUUUUUGAAGUUGUGCUGAGUCGCUUGCGUAGUUUCUUGGAUGAUCCCAUCUGGGUUGGCCCCCCACCUGCCAACGGUGUCCUCAGUGUUGAUGAAUGUACAGAGUUUCACCGACUGUGGUCUGCCCUGCAGUUUGUAUACUGUAUUCCAGUGGGUGACACUGAAUUCACUGUUGAGUAA